GACAAACGCGAGCCCACCGUCCAGCAGCCUCAUGCCGGACUCCCCAAAACAGAGAAGCUGGGUCCCCAGCCCCGGAGGCCCGGGCAGGCCGGCCUCUCCGGAGCAGCCCCCGCAGACGCCAUACUAACAGCCAAAAUGGCUGCCCCGAGGAAGCCCGCACCGCGCCGCUAAGUGAGGGCUGGGGAACGGGCUCGUGCGGGCCAGGGGAAGGGGGCCCCAGAAGAGCCGGCGUCGGGACCAGCACCCCCGAGCCUCACACAGGUUACAUAUUACAGCCAUCCUCCUGCCAUAUAACUUGAACAAUUUUUGGAAAAAUACUGGUCAGGAAACAAAAAUGAUCAAGUUUUUCCUCAUGGUUAAUAAACAAGGACAGACUCGGCUUUCCAAGUACUAUGAACAUGUGGAGAUUCAUAAACGCACACUUCUGGAAACUGAAGUCAUAAAAAGCUGUCUGUCACGGUCCAGCGACCAGUGCUCUUUUAUUGAAUACAAGGAUUUUAAGCUGAUUUAUCGGCAGUAUGCUGCUCUCUUCAUUGUGGUUGGAGUUAAUGACACUGAGAACGAGAUGGCUAUUUAUGAAUUCAUCCAUAAUUUUGUGGAAGUCUUAAAUGAAUAUUUCAGCCGAGUGAGUGAAUUAGAUAUAAUGUUUAAUUUGGAUAAAGUACACAUGAUUCUGGAUGAGAUGGUGUUAAAUGGCUGCAUUGUGGAAACUAAUCGUGCAAGAAUUCUUACCCCUCUACUGAUUAUUGACAAGCUAUCAGAAAGCUGAACAGGAGGCUCUGCUGGGUUUAAAGAAGCCAUGAACCACACCUCAAGAUCUAUGGCCCAAAACAAUCUUCCACAUCACAUUGCAAAAUGGGUAUUCUUCCAAAGACACUAUAAAAUACGAGUUUUCCAUAGUUCCUAAAUUAAAAACAAAAUGGUAUUUUAAAAUGUUAACAAAAUUUCUCUCAAGCAAGACACUUUAUUUUUCCCUACUUCUUUACAUUUUAUUGAGUAUCUAAGGAAUCCUAUUUGGUCCCUGCUACCUUUUGUCAAAUAUAUUCAGGAAUAGCAAGCAGGUAGCAAGAAAGUGUGGCAGUUGUAGACCAACCAAUAAAAAUUUUAAAGAGUGAUUGAAACACA